AUGUCGAGUCCACCGAUGGACUUUCCGACAUCUGAGGAUGUGAAUAUGGCAGCAAAAACGCCUCAAAGACGUUCCAUUGCAUCCUCGAUGUCCUCCCGUCCCAGCACUGUUGGUCGGCGGGCAGUGGCGACGCCUUUGAGGAGCGGCGGUGGCAACGAACCCUUAUUUUUGCCAGGAUCACCCGCUAUAGACACUCCAAGACCUUCUAGACGUGGCGAUAUUCACUCUUCAGCUGCAUUUUCCACCCCCUCUCGUCGUCAGCAUAUUACCAGACCCAAUCAGCAGGACAGACCGGCCUCAAAUGUGAUUCCAUCAUCUAUGCCUAUGCUUCUGCCAUCAUCCCAGCCCGCCCAGUCGACAGGAAAUCUUGGGUCUGUGCCCAGCACAGCAAUGGAAUCAGAGGACCUUACUCGAGUUAUAUGGGGGACAAAUGUGUCUCUCUCAGAGUCCAUGUCCACUUUCACCAAUUUCAUUCGAUCUUUCAAAGUAAAGCACAGAGUUACAUUUGACCGCGACCGGGGCAUUGUGGCACCCGUAAUGUCAUCCCUGGAUGAAGGAGAGCGACUGUUGUACGAAGAACUCUUACGCAAGAUGAGAGUUACCGGGCAGACCAAUCUCAAUCUCGAUGUAGUCAACUUGCAGGCCUUUCCUCCCAGCCGGAAGCUCUAUUCGCAGCUUCUCAAGUAUCCCCAAGAAAUCAUACCAGUCAUGGAUCAGGUUCUCAAGGAUCUUAUGGUGGCGAUUGCUGAAGAGGAUGCCGCCAACGAUAUGGAGGGAAUGAGGGGAGAUGAGGCCGAGGAGGAGAUCAAUGAGAUCAUUUCCAGGGUCUACAAAGUUCGCCCCUGGGGAAGCGAGCCAUGCAAUAUGCGUGACCUCAACCCAAGCGAUACGGACAAGCUGAUCACCAUCAAGGGCCUGGUGAUUCGUGCCACGCCUGUCAUUCCUGACAUGAAAACAGCAUUCUUCCGCUGCCUGAAUUGUUCGCACACCGUCCAAGUCGAAAUAGAUCGAGGUCGGAUUGAAGAGCCUGGUAGAUGUCCGCGAGACGUAUGCAACGGCGUUGGGACAAUGUCACUCGUCCAUAACCGCUCCGAAUUUGCCGACCGACAGAUCAUCCGUCUACAGGAAACCCCAGACGCUGUUCCCGACGGUCAAACACCUCAUACAGUGUCUCUAUGCGUCUACGAUGAACUAGUAGAUGUUUCAAAACCAGGAGAUCGUCUCGUCGUGACGGGUAUAUUCCGCUCAGUGCCUGUCAGAGUCAACCCUCGUCAACGAACCAUCAGAAGCCUCUUCAAGACAUAUAUUGACGUGGUACAUAUCAAAAGAGGGAGUGAUAAGCGGAUGGGUUAUGACAAGAGCACGCGAACCGACUCGAUAAGAAUUCCAGGUGUUGGAGGCGAUUGGAUGGACGACGAGGAAGAUGCUGGGCUCGGAGCAGUCAUCGGAGAAAACGAGGAAGCACGGGCUACACGAAGCAAGACAGAAGAAAUGGAGCGAAAGCUGUUGGCUCUCAGUCAGCGUCAGGACAUAUACGACGUACUUGCUCGCUCGUUGGCACCAUCAAUAUGGGAGAUGGAUGAUGUAAAGAAGGGAAUUCUUCUACAGCUUUUCGGUGGAACAAAUAAAAGCAUUGCGCGCGGGGGCGGUGGCGGUGGCCCAAGGUACAGAGGAGAUAUCAACGUUCUCCUAGUGGGCGACCCAGGAACAAGUAAGAGUCAAAUCCUGCAGUAUGUUCAUAAAAUUGCUCCUAGAGGGGUGUAUACAUCGGGUAAAGGCUCCUCGGCAGUAGGUUUGACGGCAUAUAUCACAAGAGAUCCCGAUUCCAAGCAGUUAGUGCUCGAAAGCGGGGCACUGGUUCUGAGUGACGGUGGAGUCUGCUGCAUCGACGAGUUUGAUAAAAUGUCGGAUGCCACCCGAAGUGUACUCCAUGAAGUGAUGGAGCAACAGACGGUAUCAAUCGCCAAGGCGGGUAUCAUCACAACAUUGAAUGCAAGAACGUCGAUUUUAGCUGCGGCAAACCCAAUUGGUUCUCGUUAUGACCGCAAUCAAUCACUACCUCGUAAUUUAGAUCUUCCACCGACGUUGAUCUCACGGUUUGAUCUCCUGUACCUCGUUCUUGACAGAGUGGACGAAGCGACCGACCGACGGCUUGCCGAACAUCUGGUUGGACUCUAUCUGGAAGAUACCCCAGAUACCGCAGGUGUCGAUAUCAUUCCAUUGGAAGAACUAUCGGCUUACAUUACUUACGCGCGCACCAAGAUCCACCCGGUUAUCAGUGAAGAGGCCGCUAAUGAACUUGUUGCAGCAUAUUCUGCCCUGAGAAAAGUCGGAGAGGAUCCAAGAGCGAGUGAGAAGACAAUUACGGCCACGACUCGACAAUUGGAGUCUUUGAUCCGACUCUCCGAGGCCCACGCUCGGAUGCGGUUUUCGACGACCGUGGAUGCACAGGAUGUUAAGGAGGCGAACCGCCUAAUGCGCGACGCGAUCCACACAUCUGCCAUGGACCCGAGCACCGGAAGAAUCGACAUGAGCUUGCUCAACACUGGGGUUGGUGCUCACCAGCGCAAGCUUCGCGGCGACUUGGGAAAGGAGAUACUCGCGUUACUAGAUGGACCGACAGGCAGGAAGGGAAUGAAAUGGGCUGAUGCACUUGCGGCCAUCAACCAACAGAGUAGCGUCGGCGUGGAUGCUAGCGAGUUUGUAGAGGUCAUUCGAGCAUUGGAAACGGAAGGACAUGUGAAAGUACUUGGAGAACGCGACAGACGGGUCAUCAAGCGCGUUAAUGCAGAGUGA